AUGGAUCAUGAUAUACGGUACUUCAAUGGCAUUACUAGAGAGGACUUUGGUUCAGUGCCUCAGCAUGGGAAUCUCACUCACUCAGCCUUUAUCGAUAUGAUGAAGUUUAUCAUUCCCUCCAACACACCAGCUGAACUCACCAUCGUUGCACGUGAAGAUGGAGCCCAUGUCCUUGCCACUCGGCAACUUAUUGUAGCCGGCGAUUAUGAUAUUUUUCCUGCAGAGGGUUCAACAAUCAAGCUGACCGACGAGGUGCGGGAUCGACGAAUUCCAUCAAGAAACAACACUGGAGCCACGCCCCAUGUAGUAGCGUUUUGCACAGCCGUUAGAAAAAGAGACAAGAUGUGUGUUCUGUCUGGUCGGGUCAAUACGUCAGCCAAUCGUCCUCCUGCCAAGCAGAAUUGGGCCCGAUACCAGGCUGCCCAUAUCUUUCCUCUUGCACGCAGUAGCUAUUGGCGGGAAAAUAAUUUCAAUCGCUAUAUCACUAAUUUGUCUGGUGGCGCUCAUCGCGCCUAUAUCAAUUCCGUGCAAAAUGGAUUAUGUAUGCGCAGCGAUCUCCACACAGCCUUUGAUAAUAAUGACAUUUCUAUUAACCCAGACGAUAGUUAUAAGAUUUAUGACUUCACGGAUAACGACGAUGGAAUUGAUGGCCGUGUUCUCCCUCUUGUCUGCCGAACCCGAGGAGAUCCAAACGCUGUAUCAAAUGACCUUCUCCGUUGGCACUGGCAACAGACUCUCCUAAAGAACUUGAAGGGAACUGCGGAGCCCAUCUGGGAAUUUGACUUCCCAGAUGGGACUGACAUGAUUGGUGAAAUCCUGGCUGGCCCAGAGCCAGCAGAGAGGAUGGAGGCCGAACUUCUUGCCUACCUCUACGAGUAUGUCAGCGACGGCCCAGAGACAGAAGAGCGGAGGGAGGCGGAGCUUUUUGUCCGCCACCACGAGUAUGUCGACGACGAGAGUGAUUACUGA